AAGCAAGCUGUUUCAAUGUCCCCACUCGGCGGACGGAUUAUGUUGACGGAAGUAGACGUGGAUUUUGUGAUGAGAUCAGAGCCAACCUUUACAGUAAACUGAUACAUCUGUCACAUUUUGACGUCAAAGAAGCUUACGUGUAACUAGUAACUCAUAACCUGAACAGGUGCUUAUUUGGCCAGGAUUAUUUUUAUCGCUUGACUGUAAUUUACCAGUGUCAAUGAAAAUCUAGCUGGCAUCAUAAAGCCAAUGAACUGCCGUUCAUUGAAUCAAUACUUUUGUAUAAAAACGGUUCGGUCGAUUAUAAAACAAGCUGAUUGUCAUUUAUGCGCGCAUCGAAGAAACGUCAGCCAAUGACCGCUCCACUAUGGAUAGGCAACAUGAAAGGUUUGAAUGUUGCUGACAGGAAUCGAACGCUGUUUUCAACUAGAUUUAUCCACUGAUAUAUAGUACCGUAGAUCCAGUAUAUUGUAUUUUUAUGUCGUAAUAGUCCAUGGAGAAGAUGUCUCCAAUUCCUGCAAUUCCUCUUAUCAUCAACUGUUGUAUGUCUGCACUUGGGUGCAUUGCAACAGUCAAACUGAUUCCUGCUUUUAAGGAUCAUUUCAUAUCUGCCAGACUCUAUGGCAUGGACCUAAAUAAAACCAUAAAGAAAGAGGUGCCUGAAUCGCAAGGUGUAAUCAGUGGUACAGUCUUCCUCAUCAUUCUCUUCCUCUUCAUCCCUGUCCCCUUCCUCCAGUGCUUUAUGGGGGAGCAGUGCCAAAAGUUCCCUCACAAUGAGUUUGUGCAGCUGAUCGGUGCUCUGUUGGCCAUCUGCUGCAUGAUAUUCCUGGGCUUUGCUGAUGAUGUUCUGAAUCUGCGAUGGAGACACAAGCUGCUGCUGCCUACUAUGGCCUCCCUGCCUCUACUCAUGGUCUACUUCACUAACUUUGGCAACACUCUCAUUGUCGUGCCCAAACCUUUCCGUGUGCUGCUGGGGAUGCAUCUGGACUUGGGCAUUCUGUAUUAUGUAUAUAUGGGAAUGCUGGCUGUAUUCUGCACAAAUGCCAUCAACAUCUUGGCUGGUAUUAAUGGCAUUGAGUCUGGGCAAGCUCUCUUCAUAUCUGGCUCCAUCAUCCUCUUUAAUAUACUGGAACUCAAUGGAGACUACAGGGAUGACCAUGUUUUCUCUUUGUACUUCAUGAUUCCCUUUUUUUUCACCACAUUAGCCCUCUUCUACCACAACUGGUACCCUUCCUCUGUGUUUGUGGGAGACACGUUCUGUUACUUUGCUGGAAUGACGUUUGCAGUGGUUGGGAUACUCGGCCAUUUCAGUAAGACCAUGCUGCUUUUCUUCAUCCCCCAAGUCAUCAACUUCAUAUAUUCUCUGCCUCAGCUGUUUCACAUUAUUCCCUGUCCCAGACAUCGCCUGCCUAGGUUACAAUCUGACACGGGAAAGCUUGGCAUGAGCUAUUCCAAGUUCAAACAGAAGGACCUGGGAAAAUUAGGGCAACUUAUUCUGAAGGUGGCAGAAACGUUAUGGCUACUGGAUGUGCGUAGAGGGCAGGAAGGAGAUGAUGAGUUUAUAGAGUGUAACAACAUGACCCUUAUCAACCUGGUACUAAAAGUACUGGGACCUACCCAUGAGAGAAACCUGACUGCAAUAAUGCUUUUAAUACAGGUCUUGGGGAGUGUCGUGGCAUUUGGAAUCCGGUAUCAUCUUGUGCGUCUGUUCUAUGACGUCUAGACCACUCAAGCUCCUGAGAGACUUUACAACAUGCUACCUUCAUUUGAAGAACAAACAAAACUGACACAAAACUGAUUGUUAAUGAUUAUUAUACUGUCUGUCCUCUAUGGGAUCUUGAUACUACACACUGUAUUCCAGCUUCUCUGUCUGUAUAACUGCAUGGGAUGGGACAGUGUACACACAUGCCCUUAACUGUCAUUGGGGCAUGAAAGCUCUGUAGAUAAUGAACAAUGUCUGCAUAAGGAUAUCCAAUUAUUUUGGCUGACCUGAAAAGAAGGUUCUAUUCUGAAAGAUUAUUUGAUAUAUGCAGUUGUAUUUUUUUUUUUAAUCUAAUAUUAUGCCUUUUGACUGAUUUAAAUAAACCAGUGUGACAAU